AAGGAUGUCUCUGUCACAUUGGAGCAGACGAGAGUCACGCCUCGCGCAAAUAAAAUCCUGCGCAGAGAAGCAGUGAACUUGACAGCUCUGUUCUCCUGUGAUGUGCCUCGUGGAUCAGAGGGAUUCCGCGGACAGAGGUCAUCAGGGGCCAGCUGCACACUUUAAAAGCCCUGUCCACAGCUCGACCACUCCGAUCACUCGGACCUCAGACGAGCCAGGAGCAGGAAGCGGACGCGCUCGAUCGCUUCACGAUUGAAAACUUCAUUGAUUCGCAAUGGAGACUCAGCCAAUCGUCUUGUUCGCCGCUGUCUUGGUGGGUUCUCUGAUGCACGCUGGCUGCGUCAAGAUCUCUAAUCACGGCGCACUCCUAGGAGAACAUCGUAAAGCCUUCGUAGGUUCAUAUUCCGAUCUCAGUGUCCAGUCGUAUUCCAGGUCCCCGAUGUACAUGAUGCAGUUAUACAGAGACUUGAGCGGAAAGAUGCCAACUGCACCAGCCAGUGUCGACAGCCCAGCUCUGCAUCAGUCUGACUUCGUCCUAAGCCUGACUGCACAAGACUGUCAUCAAACUGGCGAGCGAUGGAGCGUCACUUUUGACAUGUCUUCCCUCUCAGCGAGUGACAGCAUUCAGCUCUCGGAGCUCCGCGUCCGUCUGCCUGCGUUUUCUGCAUCCAGACGCGUCAUCGUGGACGUCUUCCACUUACGCAAACAGGAUUGUGAGUCUGACUCGGUGUUUUGCCGCCAUAGGCGACUUUUUAUAGGCAGCAUCAGGUCAGUGCCCGGCACUCCAGCAUCCACCUGGAGAGUUUUCAACAUCACCCAGCUACUCGAGCACUGGUUGAGUCCGGGAACGGAGACACCUGAGGACGGAGAGGACACCGGGAGCGGGAAAGACUCACCUGAGCCGGUUACAGAUAGCUGGAAACGAAAAAUCCAGCAUCCCACUGCGGAACGAGUAAUGAUGGUAGUUUUCUACAAAAACAAAAUUUCCCACACUGGCCGACGACGUGCCUCCAGCUUGAUGAGUACAGUGGCGCACUCCAAACACGUCUCUCUGAACCGGGCACCAGACGCAGCUCAAGCUCGUCGACACAAAAGAAACCGGGUCGAAAGGAUGCGCGCGACGGAUGAUAGAAACGCCACGGGAAUAGUAACAGCUCUAGAGCAACACCGAGGGUCACUUUGUCGUCGAGUCGAUAUGUGGGUGGAUUUUGAUCAGACUGGAUGGGAUGAAUGGAUCGUGCAUCCAAAGCGUUAUAACGCUUACCGCUGCGAAGGCGAGUGUCCCAGUCCACUGGACGAGUCUUUCAACCCAACAAACCACGCUUACAUGCAGAGUUUGCUGAAGCUUUACCACCCGGAGCGCGCGCCCUGUCCGUCCUGCGCGCCCACGCGCCUCAGCCCGCUCUCCAUGCUGUACUAUGAGGGUGAUGGUGUGGUCAUGCGCCACCACGAGGACAUGAUCGUGGAGGAGUGCGGUUGUCAGUGAGGUGUGCUGCUGUGUUGUCAUGGAACUCUGACGAUACACUUCCGGUGGACUGCUCUUAUGACGCUUACAAGGUUUAAAAACAUUCCAUAAUUGUGUUCUUGAACGAAAACACUUGAGUUUCGAGAAUUUCAAACAAAAACCAUUGAAAUGCUGUGCAAAUUAUGUAUUUAAUAUUUAAAAGAAAUUAAUGUAAAAAAAUUUUGUAUUUGGGAUUUUAUUUUGUAUUUGGGAGUGUAGGCUAUAUUUUUACUUAAUGUGCAUUGUGAUAAAAUGUGAUGUGAAAUGUGUGUUUUUUUAUUAUCAGCAGGUUUGAUACAUUUUUAUAUAAAAUAUAAAAAACUAAUAAAGCUAAAUAUUUUUUCAGUAUUUUAUUUUGUUGACUUUGUUAUAUAGUUUGGGCAAUCAUCAUCUUAGUAUAGCCCCAUGGAUUUCUUAUUUGUAUAUCCCUUUUACUCAAAUGGUGCUUUAAAUUAAUAAAAUACAUUUGCUAAGUUCUAAAAUGUUUUGAGAUGCGAAAUAAAUGUCUAUAGUGAGU